AUGUCUACGGAAGUUCAAUUUGCUAACCAGUUUGUGCAGCUACUCCAAGUUACCAAACCUACUCCAGAGGAGCAAGAUGCUUUUCUCAAUGGAUUUAGGAUUCAAUCGGUAAACUCUAUCCCAGCUACACUCACAUUUCCUCCGUUGAAACAUCCAUACAUUGCGACAUCUACGAAGGCUGAAUCUAUUGAAAACAAUGAAGAAGAAAUGCAGUUUUCUAUUAAUGUGACUUUUAAGUCCCUUAAGCCACCAAGGUUCAAUAUAUCUGUUUCCACAGAUAUCACCACAAACACAAAGUUUUACCACCUAAAGCAUGUUCUAGCAAAUGCGUUAAAGGACCAGCAUAUUGGAAUUGUUGAUUUAGCCGAUGUCAAAUUGAUGAUACGGGCAAAAACAAUGCAAGAUUCGGAUGCUGUCAGCACCUUUUUAGAUGGUGAUAAGCUUGCAUUAAAUGUUCUAGUCUCGAAAGUUAAGCCGUUAGAGGAAGAGGUGGAGCACGUAGAACAGGUUCAAAAGGGAGUCAGUGAUGAAUCAUGGGAGAAAAUCAGAAAUGUUUUGCUUUCUGAUCUAGAGGAUGUUUCCAAGGUAGACCAGCUCAUCUCUUCUAUGAAAAAACUGGUAUGA